AUGGUAUUCGCACGUGGCGAUGUCGCUGGCCACGAUGAUCAAGCCAUCGACCAUAAUGCCCCGGGAAGCAACAUCGAGAUAGUGUCCUGGAAUGGACCGCGAGAUCCCGCGAACCCAUACAACUGGUCACUCCGUCAAAAAUGGACGUUGACGCUUCUUGCUGCGUUCGCAACGUUCAUUACCAUGAUGAAUGGCACGAUCAUCACAGUGGCACAUGAUGCCAUCAACGAGGAGUUCGGCAUCUCUGACGCCCAUUUCCCACACUCGUACUGGCCGGUGACAUCCUGGGCUGUGGGCGGCGCCUGCUUUUCCCUCCUUAUCUUGCCUCUCAUGGAGGAGUUUGGUGUGAGAUGGGUGUUUCUGUUCACAUAUGUGGGCUUCAUCUGCUUUGUGAUCCCUCAAGCACUCGCACAGAACUUUGCCACCUUGGUGGUGACUCGGUUCUUCGCCGGUGGCUGUGUCUCGAUCCUAGCGAAUACCGCUGCCACUGUGAUCGGGAAUGUCUGGGAUACGGCCAAGGCACGAAAUAUUCCAGUGAGUCUGUACAUCGUUACAUACCUGGCGGGAGCUAGCAUUGGCCCUGUCAUCGGUGCACUCAUCUUCCAAUCUCUCUCCUGGAGAUGGAUCAGCUACCUUCAGCUGAUUUGGCUCGGCGCCUUCUUCCCCUUGUAUGUUUUCCUCUUCCAAGAGUGCCGUGGUAUUGCUAUUCUGGGGCAACGGGCGAAGGAUCUGCGGAGGGAGGGCAAGCUGGCAUAUACACAGCAUGAAAUCGACAGCGAGGGGACGUCGAUGUUAAUGAUCGUGGCUCGCAGCGCCACACGGCCACUCGUUCUGUUCUUCACCGAGUCAGUGGUCUUCGUCUCAUUCAUGUGGUCCGCCUUCACGGUGGGAACCUUGUAUCUUUUCACCCAAUCAGUCGAGCAAGUGUUCGUCGGCCUCUAUGACUGGACUCCAUCACAGGCCGGAUAUAUCCAGGCCGCCAUUGUCGUUGGCGAGAUCUUGGGUUGGGUCGGAACCCUAUUCUCGGGGAAGAUCUACUUCGACUCAGCUGCUCGGAACACCGAGGUCCCUGGCACCCCCAUUCCCGAGGCAAGACUGUACCUCGCUAUCGUCGGUGGCGUGCUCGGGAUUUCGGGCGGCAUGUUCACCUAUGCGUGGACCUCGUAUUCGAAUUUCCCAUGGAUCGCACCAGCGGUUGGUCUUGCGAUGGUGGGGGCAGGCAGUGUGAUCGUCGUGACCGGUAUCUCUGACUAUGUCGUUGAUGCCUAUGCCAAGUAUGCGGCGAGCGCAAUCGGCAUCAUCGUCACCGGAGAGAACACCUUCUCUGCAUUUUUGCCACUGGCGGCGAUGAGCAUGUACUCCACACUUGGGUUUCAGUGGGCGAGUACUCUCCUUGCGUUUAUCUCACUAGCCCUAUCUGUUUUGCCCGUGCUCUUUGUCGUCUAUGGAAGGCAGAUUCGAGAACGGAGUCCGUUCAUGAAAGAAGCAAUGCUGGAAAAGAGGAGGAAAAGCAUCGACUCCGCCGUCUAG